AUGGGCAAGGAUGUUGCUGAGAUGAGGAGCAGAAACACUCCUGGCUCCGUGUCUGAGGUGAAUCCAGAGAGUGAUAAAACGACCAGUCAGACUGACCCUCCGCUGACAUCAACCAAUCACGACUCCUCAGAUGUUCUCUCUCAAACGGACGGAGUCGCAACUGCUGUCCUCCCUCAGGCAGGGGGCUCCCAUAGCAACGCGGUAAAUGAGAGGGAAACCAAACUCAGCGUCACACCAAACCCUUCAGGUGACAUUGCCAAGCCCUUCAACAGCAGCCAUGUCCUCAAGCUCCGCCCAGACCCUGAUUGGGGCGUCGGCCUGGAAGCGUCGUCGAGUGGGGUGAUGACCGUCGAUUCCCAGCCUGGAAGUGGGCUGGGCCUGGUGUUCCAGGAGGCGGAGCCACAUGAGGAGGAGGAAGAGAGGCAUGGCCAUUCGAAGCAGGAAGGGUCUCGCUCUCGAAGUAGGAGGAGCUGGAUCUGGAACCAGUUUUUUGUGAUUGAAGAGUACAGCGGGCCAGAACCGGUGCUCAUCGGACGGCUGCACACUGACAUGGAGGGUGAUGGACGCACCAAGUACGUGCUCCGUGGCGAGGGGGCGGGGUCAGUGUUUGUGAUUGACGAGAAGACGGGCAACAUUCAUGUCACCAAGCCGCUGGACAGGGAGGAGAAGGACGAGUAUCGCCUCAUCGCCACGGCAACUGACCGCCAGACGGAACGCGCCCUGGAGCCCUCAUCCCAGUUCAUCAUCCGAGUCCAGGACAUCAACGACAACCCGCCGCUGUUUGAGGAGGGGCCCUACAGCGCCAUUGUGCCCGAGAUGGCCAACAUAGGUACUUCUAUAAUCCAGGUGACGGCGACAGAUGCUGACGACCCCACCUAUGGGAACAGUGCCAGGCUGGUGUACACACUGGUGCAGGGGCAGCAGUUCUUCUCUGUGGAUCCCCAGACAGGGAUCCUGCGGACGGCCGUGCCGGACAUGGACCGGGAGACCCAGGACGAGUAUCUGGUGGUCCUGCAGGCUAAGGACAUGGGGGGCCACCUGGGGGGCCUGUCUGGGACCACCACCAUCACCGUGAGGCUCAGCGACGUCAACGACAACCCCCCUCGCUUCACCCAGAAUCUGUGGUCUUUCUCUGUGUCCGAAUUGGCUAUUCCGGGGGCGGAGGUGGGCCGUAUCUCAGCAACAGAUGCUGACCUGGACGACAAUGCCAAACUGGAAUAUACCAUCCUGGAUGGAGAGACGGGGGACACCUUCAACAUCACUGGAGUGAACCAAGAGGCUAUUAUCACCCUGAACAAGUGUCACGCGUGA